CCGCGGGGGCAGCGUCGGCGCCGGGCAGCGGCGGGAGUGGCGGCCGCGCCAUGUGGCUGCUGGGACCGCUGUGCCUGCUGCUGAGCAGCGCCGCGGAGAGCCAGCUGCUCCCCGGGAACAACUUCACCAAUGAGUGCAACAUCCCGGGCAACUUCAUGUGCAGCAAUGGGCGGUGCAUCCCGGGCGCCUGGCAGUGUGACGGGCUCCCCGACUGCUUCGACAAGAGCGACGAGAAGGAGUGCCCCAAGGCCAAGUCCAAGUGUGGGCCCACGUUCUUCCCCUGCGCCAGCGGCAUUCACUGUAUCAUCGGCCGCUUCCGCUGCAACGGAUUCGAGGACUGUCCAGAUGGUAGCGAUGAAGAGAACUGCACAGCAAACCCUCUGCUCUGCUCUACUGCCCGCUACCACUGCAAGAACGGCCUUUGCAUCGACAAGAGCUUCAUUUGUGAUGGGCAGAAUAACUGUCAAGACAACAGCGACGAGGAAAGCUGUGAAAGUUCACAAGAGCCAGGCAGCGGGCAGGUGUUUGUGACUUCGGAGAACCAGCUGGUAUACUACCCCAGCAUCACGUACGCCAUCAUCGGCAGCUCCGUCAUCUUUGUGCUGGUGGUGGCGCUACUGGCGCUGGUCCUGCACCACCAGCGGAAGCGGAACAACCUCAUGACCCUGCCUGUGCACCGGCUGCAGCACCCGGUGCUGCUCUCCCGCCUGGUGGUCCUGGACCACCCCCACCACUGCAACGUCACCUACAACGUCAACAACGGCAUCCAGUACGUGGCCAGCCAGGCCGAGCAGAAUGCCUCGGAGGUGGGCUCCCCACCCUCCUACUCGGAGGCCCUGCUAGAUCAAAGACCUGCAUGGUAUGACCUCCCUCCACCACCCUACUCUUCUGACACGGAGUCCCUGAAUCAAGCAGACCUGCCCCCUUACCGAUCCCGGUCAGGGAGUGCUGACAGUGCCAGCUCCCAGGCUGCCAGCAGCCUCCUGAGUGUGGAAGACCCAGGCCACAGGCCCAGGCAGCCCAGCCCUGCCGAGGACGCCACGGAGCCCAGGGACUUAGUGCUCAGCGCAGGCCCCGAAGAAGAAGUAUAACAUCCCGGAACACACAGUGUCCACACGGGUUCAUCUGCUCUGACUUGGUACCUUGCUGACCACCUGCACUCAUGGGAAGCUCACUCUUCCAGGUGCUCAAGGAGCGAUGAGGA